AUAUCAAGCGGCUAGACGCCCCAGGAGGAGGGGCGCCGCGCUCGUGUCGGUCCCUCCCCGCGGCGGGAGGCAGGUGAAGAAGCCUCGUGUAGUUGGCGGUGCGGCUCGCGUGAGGGCGGGUGGCGGCAGUAGCUCCCCCACCCCCCCUCCCACACUUCGUCAUGGGCAACGCCCAGGGCAAGGCCCGGGGCAAGAACAAGUACUCCAGAUGGGACAACGCAGUGCCACCAGCUCCUCCCGGCAAGCCGGCCAUCGCCCCAGGGAGCCCGAAGAACCAGCCGGACCUGGUGACCCUGCGCUGGGAGCCUCCUGUCAACGACGGCGGGGCGCCCGUCCGAGGGUACCUGGUGGAGCACCGCCGCACGGGGUCCCCGCACUGGGUGCGCGCCACCCCGGACCUCGUUGUCGGCACGGCGGUGACCCUGAGCGGCCUGGAGCCCGGCUGGAGGUACCAGUUCCGCGUGAGCGCCGAGAACUGCGCCGGCCUGUCCGACCCCAGCGAGCUGUCCGAGCCGCUGACGGUGACUCUGUCGCGGCAGGGCGCGCUGGCGCCCCACUUCGUGCUCGAGCUCAAGGACAUGGUGGCCCUGGAGAACGACAAGGUGGAGUUCGUGGCGGUGGUCCGUGGCCACCCGACGCCCGCCAUCGCCUGGCACAAGGACGGCAGCGAGGUGUUCAGCGACCGCAGGAUGAGGAUAGUGACCGAGAAGGACCAGAGCAUGCUGGUCAUAUUCCAGGCGUCCUUCGGCGACGAGGGCGAGAUCAAGUGCUCUGCCACCAACCGGCUGGGGCAUUCCGUGUCCAGAGCGAGGCUCAAGAUAGAGGCGCCGCCGUCCAUCCGCCUACCGCGGCAGUACGAGGACGGGCUGGUGUUCGAGAAGGACGAGAUGCUGCGGCUGAAGGUGUCGGUGGCGGGCAGGCCGCUGCCGAGGGUGGCCUGGAGCCACGAGGGCCGGCCGGUCAAGUUCGGCGGCCGCCACGAGGUGCGCGACACCGAGCGGUCGUCGUCGCUGCGGGUGGUGGACGCGCGCCGCUCCGACAGCGGCGAGUACAAGGUGAAGGCCACCAACCGGCUGGGCGAGGACGUGGCCACGUUCACCGUCACCGUCACAGACCGACCUCUGCCGCCGGGUAAGCCACAGAUAGCCAUGAUCCUGGGGAGGUCACUCACUCUGUCCUGGGCGGAGCCGGAGGACGACGGGGGCUUCAGGAUCGAGACAUACAUCGUGGAGUACUACAGAUUGGGUUGGAACGUGUGGCUGAAGGCGGCCACCUGCAGGCAGCUCACCACCACGCUGGGCGACCUCAUCGAAGGGUCCGAGUACAGGUUCCGGGUGAAGGCCGACAACCCGUGCGGCGUCAGCGACCCGAGCCCCGAGUCCGACGUCAUCUUCAUUCCCGACCCGAGGCGAGGGUUGUUGCAGGCCCCAACUCGCAGCAGAAGCAUCAACAUGGGUGAUAUGGAGAAUCGGCUCAGGGAAGAAAAAAAUUCGAAGCAGAGCGAACUAAAUAGGAUGUCAAAAGAAAUAAAUCUGAGAACUACAUCCGCAGGCACUCUGCAGACGGAUAGAAAUUCCGUUAUUCCAAAAAAUGUAUCAAAAAAAGGUACAUCAAAUGAAGAAAUAUCUGGUGCUCAGUUUAAAAAAACUGACUCUCUGCCAAGCACAGUCACCAAAGAAAACGACAGGCUGGUUGGAAAAAGGCCCGCAGAGAAAGAAAGUCAACAGAAGAGGAUAGUCGAUGAUACACGUGAUCUUAAUACUUCUAAAAAAAUCGAGACUUCAGCCAAAAAGACGAGCUAUGAAACGUUAAAUACUAACACGUCGAUGGAAUUAAAAGCAUCUUCAAAAAGUUCACUUGAGGAGAGUAGAAAUGUCCCCAACACUAACAUCACAAAAAAGAGCAUAGGAAACGAAAAGGAAACUGAUGCAGGAUUUAAAACAUAUUACAAAGAUAAAGAGCUUAAGACCACCCCGAAACUCCUAACACCACCCUUAAUAUUAGGAAUGGACGAGAAUAAAGAUGGUAGCCAUGAAAGAAUACCAGAUAACACUACACAUCCAGUGCCAGCGUUAAAAAAAAGUGCCGAACAGCCCGACACGAAGGAAACGGGGAGAGAACAGUACAGCUCACCCCUGAGUCCUCGAGAAGAUGACGACUCCAUAAUUCACGGGAGCUCGGAGCUGAUGCUAGUUCUGCUGCCUGAAGAAAGGGAGACGAAACCAAAGAAAGGUACAGAUACAACGGGGAGACCUGGGAAGUCUGCGCCGAAAGACGGUUCUCCGCCACGGCUGUCGCUCUCGGCUCCGGCGCUCGACCUGAGCGGCUCUCACGUACUGCCGCCACUGCGCAACGCCGUCAGCUCGUCGCAGCUGCUGCACGAGAAGGCGAUGGCCCGCUUCUACGAAGCCGUGGAGGCGGAGGAGGAACGGCGACACCGACCGCCCCGCUCGCCCGUCAGCAUCCGCGUCAACUCGGUCGACGUGGACAGCGGCGACGAGGAGGAGACGAGGUCGCCGGAACGGGAGGUCGCGAGCCCGAGUUGGUUCACCAGGAGGAGCUACCAGGAGUACGAGGCGGACAUCGGCCGGGUGCGGAGCAAGCUGGCCGCCGUGGGCGAGCUCAAGCGCCAGUCAACGUUUAGGAAGUCCUUGUCCCAGGAGGAGUCGGAACCCGUCGAAGCGGAGCUGGAGGACGAAGCCUACGACGAAGAGGAAGACGAAGAUGAAGGAGGAGAAGAAGAUGUUGAGGAAGAAGAAGAAGAAAUGGAAGAAGAAGACGAAGUUUUGGAGGAGGAAGAAGAAGAAGAAGGUGAAAUCGAAAGCGAGGAGGAGGAGGAGGAGAUAAUCGAAGAGGUGCCAAAACGUCAGCAUAUAAGUGCGUACGAGUCGCGAAAAACCCUUCAGCAAAAACUGAAUUCACUUUCCCAAGACGACGAGGACUAUGAGGACGCGGAAGAUAUGACUUACCAUCCCAGAAGUAUGGUCCCAGUUGCAGUGGCGAAGCUCGAUUCCACCGAUAGUCUUGAGCAGAAAGGGAAUUCAUCCCCUGAAAAUAAUUUAGAAGAAAGACAUUCUGAAAGUACCCCACCAGCAAAUUUCGCAAAGCACGAGAGGAAGAAUGGUUCGUGGAGCGAAGAGGAACUGAUCGAGAGGCGCAACGAUGCUGGAGAUGUCGGGUCAGCAGCACGGGAGAGCGCGGAGCGGUCUGAUGGGGUGGUGAUGCGCCAGAGAAGAGCAGAAGCGCCGGAAACUCCCGGGCAGGAGGUGGAGAACAUCGACGCUGACGUGGCCUUGUCGGCUGCCGAGAUCGCUCGCCAGAGACGGCUGAAAGUGCGGCAGAAGUCCGUGGAGGAGGACGUCGAGGCGAAUCAGGCCAUAGUGAACCUCUACGGCGACAUCAUCAGGGAGUACGGCAGCAUGAGGAAGGCGCCGACGGUGAUGUACCUCAACACGGAGGACUUGAAGAAGGCGGCGUACAGUUCUGAAGAGACGGACACUGCCCAAGAGCAGCACUCGGAGACGGCUCCGCCAAAGGCAGCAGAACAACGUGUCCAAGCUGACGAGCCGAGCACCAAAGUCAACCACCACGAAGUCCAGCCGAAGAAACAAUUCGGUCCGCAACCGAAACGAAAGAAGCCGGGACCCUUAGCUCCGCCAGCUUUUUUCCCGCCACCGGAAGUAAGGGCGAGAGAAAUCAGGUUACCGGAACCCUCGCUGAACGACGAGUUGUCCGCUGCAGCCGGCACACAGAACCCGAAUUCUCCGACGGCGGAGACGGCCAAGAAUCCUCUUGCGUCUGAAGAACAGAUGAAGAUGGAUGCCGCGGGAAGAAACGUGAAGUUCUUCGUCUCGUUCUUGACGGACCUUGCGCUGUUUGCAGUGGCGUGUUGGCUGUAUUUUUUCAAAGACGAAAGGCUUGCUAUUCCUGUGCUGGUUUUUAUGGUGUACAGACAAGCAAUGGACGCGAUAAAAAAGUACCUUCCCGAAAGAUGGACUCGAAGGUGAUCUUACUUCGAGUACAGGUGCUUUCAACUACAAAAUCCUUAAAUCCCUUUAAUCGCGUCUUCGUGAUUACUAUAAGAUACACUUUUUUUAAAAAAACAUUUCCUGCUUGUGAUAUUUUUUUUUACCCAUUUCUCUGUUGUUUAUAUGUAUAUAUAGUCUAAAAGACAACAAAUUCGACUUGUAAUAUUUAUUACCUGUAAAAAUGUAAAAAGUAACUUUUAUUAUUUUUGAUCAAAAAUUUAAAAUAUAUACAAUGUAUUUUUAUUGUUCAAUACGUAGGCCUUCUACAUGUAAAAAUCAUAAAAAUAUAUUAAUUAAAGCAAUUUUCAAUAAA